AUGGUUUGGUCACGUCCUGCGGCGAGAGGAAGAUUCUGUUGCCAAAACCGCUCUGAAGCUCGACGUUUCAGGAGUGAGGCCGCGUGGGAAGCCAAAGAUUCGCUGGUUGAGCUGUGUGGAAGAUCGCUUUCGACUCUGAACACCACCCAGUUCUUCUCAGCUUCACUACACGUUUCCACAGAGGAAACUGAAGAUUUCCUCGUCGACCGAAGAUUGACAUGGCAAGCUUGCAGGGCAAACUGUGCAGGAAGAAAUUCCGCCAACGAGUGUCUCUUCAUAUUGGAGUGCGGACCACGAAGAAGCUUUGCGAUGCAGAUUCCCUGA